AAAGCAAUCGAAGGGAAGAUAGAAAUAAAAUACGAGGGAACAAUUGUCGCAGCUGCGAGGAAGAUGACUGAUUAUUUGAAAUUGGCAGAAAUGCAACGAACCAAUGUCGAAAUUGAACGUCAACGACAUUUGACAAAUUGGUUAAUAAAAAGCAGUCCUCAUAUGGCAACUCCACAAUCGGCUAUAACCAAUAGCUCCUCAACGACAGCAAUAACGACCACCACUUCGUCGUUAACGCCAUCAAGCACAGCAGUAGCAUCAACAAGUGCUCCUGCUCCAGCCAAUCUAAAUUGUUCCGGUCUUGCGGUAUCAUCAGUUAAUUCAGCAUAUCCUGUGCCUGGACAUUUCAACUCAAAACAUAGCAGUUCUAUGUGUGUUAAUUCAGCAAACAAUUCUACAACUAAUCCAGUAUUCUAUUUAAUGACCAAUAAUUGCAAUAAUGGAACUGUGAGCGGUGUCAGUAGUGCCGUUGGUCUUCUCAACUCAUCGAGCAUGGGUAGCAACUGUAAAUAUUCAAACGCUUCUCACCACCAACAGGCUAGUAACCACCAUGGUUUGCAUCAUUUGGUCGAAGGGAGAAAAGCCAAGUUGAGACGCUUCAACUCUCACGAUACCAGUUCUAAUAUGUUUUCAGUAGCCGACUUUGAAAAUGCCCGCUUAGCUAGACGCAAUGAAAUAGAACUAAAACAGCGGUUGCAAAGACGAAUGAGAAAUGGGUUUACAGGCAGUGGCGCAAGUUUGUCGACAAGCUCCGGUCAGGGAUUAAAUAAUAGUAACAUGAGUGCUGAUUAUUCUACGGGUGAUAGUAAAGCUUCUAAACAUAGUACCGAAUCUCAAAACGAUCCUCUACCAGUCGAAGAAUUUCUGGAACGUUAUUCUCUACCUCGAGUGGUGCGAAUUUCUUACAAAACACCAUUUUCUAUCGAAACACUUCAAUCGUCCUCCUCCAAUAAUUCAUCUACAAUUACGUCCACUUCGUCCACUAGUUGUGAUGGUGAAAAGGUCGCCCAUGCAAGCAAUACCACCCAUGAUAUGUCCAACUGUAAUACGGGUACUUCUUCGUCAACAUCUUCGGGAGCAGGACAUAAUGAUCACGCGAUUCAAACAUUGAAUAGUAACAGUAGCAGCGAUAAUAGUGCCACGAAAUUGGCGACGACGAGCGAAUCAAAUGCUGGCAAUAAUCAUCCACACUCAAAUGACGAUGAACAAGGAGAACUGUUUCUUUUGUAUCGACUUAUUCGUCAACGAAAUAUUUAUCAUGGGCACAAUGCAAAAACUGCAGCUACAAGUCGGAAGAAAGGUGUUAUGAUUCCACAGGAAUUUCCAGGUUAUUUCUCCAUGCUAAAUGAUAAAGGUGUCCCCACUGCAACUUUAUACACUUCCCUUGUACAAUUGGUUAGAGAAAGAGUUUGCAAAUUUGUUUCAGUCGAUAAUAUGGCUGCAUUUAUGGAAUCUCAACCAAAUGGAAGUAAUGCUAACUCCCCUGCAGAUGGAUGUUUGCAUAUAUACUCGUCGAACACCAACAAUUCUCACAAUAGGCCACAUUACGUGAAGACAACAGCACGGGGUGGUCAAGUUUUUAAGCUUUUAGCUGUCUACGAAGAUGGAAAACAAGAGCACAGUUCACUUACACCGACAAUAUCUUGCGGUGGCUUGGGCGCUACGAAACAAACUUCAUAUCACGGCCGUGAAAAGGAGCGCAGCCGUUAUGCUCAACUGUUAAAUGAACAAAGACAAACGCUUUACGUGUCUUUGGCAACAAAAGGUAAAUUCUAUGAAAUUGAGCCUGGGAUUCCACAGAUUUUACAAAAACGCCUGGAUAUAGCGGGAGAUAAUACACAAAGGAAACUAAAUACGGAAUGCGUACAUCGAAUCACCGCUCUGGUAACCCCAAAUAAGGAGCUGCCUUUGACAUUGAAGUACAUUUCAGGGCCAAAUGGUUGUGCUAGUGCUAUUCCAGACAAUAUAUGCGUAACUCGCGUUAGUACGGAAAACAUAAUAAUUGCAUGUCCCAUUGAAGAUGUUGAAAUGCAAAGUCCCCUACAUUUGCGAAAACUUCAUUUAACAAAAGAAAUGAAUUUAGUAAAAAACACUCUGGGCUUCGAAAACGAACAGCGUAUGUUUUCGAAUCCCAAUGUACAGAAUAUUUUGAAAUUCUGCCAAUUUAACUGUGAUCAAUUUUUGAAAAUGGUGGAAGUGGAGGUUUUGCAAAGGUCUGAAAGAUCUGCGUCCAAAUCUCGUGUGGAAGGUUUAAAAAUUCUGAAGCCAUUGCACUUUCCAAAAUUGCUGAGAAGGGAAAAGACCACAAUUCCAGCUCACGAAAAGGAAGAUUCCAUAAUAUUUUUAAGCAAAUCGGACUUAGCAAAUAUGGAGAGUAAAGACCAGUCAUUUGAUGAUCAGGCAAAUCGAAUUACGGAAAAAAUGAAAGUUUUCCAGACGACGAAAAAGAAAUGGUUCCGAAAACAAGAGAAAAAUUCCGAAAAGCAAUUAUCAUCAAGCGACAUUGAUGCACAAGCAAAGAAAAUGAGUAUGGAAAGAUACUCAGACAUGUCGAAACUACUACAAGAACGGUUCGGCCACAAAACGACUGAGCAGGAAUGCAUUUCGGAACCCAGUGGCUGUCAAUCGGACGUUGGAUUUUCCGAUACGGAGACAACCACGUUGACCACAAUUGACGAGCGGUUAAAAAAGUUCACUUGUUCAAAGUCAAAUGAACCCAAUGUUCUGCAAAAAUCGUUAUCCCUACAGGACAUCGAACUGAUUGGUAGAAAAUAUCGAAAACCCGACAUUUUGUCGUCUCAUAACACAACUGAUACAAUAUCCGAGUCUGGUACUGAUAUAGAUGACAUGGAAAAUCGAGAACCACCGCAGAGUUCAUUUAUAACUGAAAAGCUUUACCACGAGUUUCAUGUGAAAACCAAACAAUAUAGCAAAUCAUCUUCAAGUCUACACCAAUUACUGAACUUCUCCCUGCCUCAAAAGUUACAAAUAGGGGAAAAUAAGAAGUCGUUGGCGCAAUUGAAAAGUCAAGCAAGCAAUAGAAGUUGUGAGAAACGCAUAGAUUUUAGUAUUGGAGAACCAGUCACUGGCCGCAGAGCUGCAGGCGGUCUGUCGCUUUUGGUGCAAAACUCCAACAAUCCACAUAACACCUCGCUUAUCGCGCCACUGACCCCCAUUCAUCUAAUUGAAGAUGAUCUACCGUACUCCAGUGUUAGAGAUUCGCUGAUACUAUCCAGUGAUGAAGGCAGUCCGCCAGAUGUACCUACAGGCACAAUGUGUCAAGCUUUACAUCUAAUAGAUUACGCGAAGGAAAAUAUUUACGCUGAAAUUUGCCAUGAAGCCAGUGCUGUAGGUGGUAUACCUACAUCUCAAACCCGUGAUACAUUUUCCGGAAUAACACAUUCCACACAUAUAUCUGAUGAUUUCGGCGACUACGCUUCUCUUACAUGCCCCCAACCCUCUACGGCAAAUGUCCUGGGAAAUGCUAUCAGUCGUGUGCAAAUUACCUGUUCUGAAAGCCCAAUAAGUUACCAUACCGUUUACUUAGGUGAAGAGCGCUUGGGAGAACCACGCCCGUCAAACAAAGAAAGAGACAAGUCCCGAUAUCACAAUUCACAUGACCGGUCGCAUGUAACUACAGUUGAUGUAGUCAAUAGCGGCGACAACACGCUAGCAUCAGGGACUCAUAACGCCCACACUGAAAGCCAGUCCGAUUCCGGUGUUAUUGACAAUAUAUAUAAUACGCUCAAAUGA